AUGCCUCAGGAAACACAACCCCAGCACAAGGAAGGAUUCGUGGAGAGAUUCUUCGAGCAUCACCACCAUCACAAUAAGGACAACCACAGUGGUGAUCAGUCAAAAGAGCAGGACCAAAAGCCUCAGCAUCAAAAGGAAAGCGAGAUGGACAAGCUCCGGGACUACUAUCACCGGGACGAGGAAUUGGAGGAGCAAGGGCAGACUUAUGGAGGAUUGAUGUGA